AUGGCUGGACCAGAAUUGAUAGCCAUUGGUCAAAGUCCAGCCGGAGAGAAUGCCUGGAAUGCGAUAGAAAAACAUGGCAAGUUUAAAUACACCAAGCUUUCCGUGCCCGAGAUCAAGGCUGCGAAUGUGCUUUAUAUUAAUGGAACAAUAAUCCAUAAAAAUGCUUCGUGUAUACCAAAGAGUAUGCAGGUCCUGAAGUCCUUGAAUUGUCGCAGAGUCGUGGUGGAUCUGUCGGAAUUUGCUAAAGCUGACGGUUGCUUAUCAUGUUGUUCGUUGCUGAUAAAAUAG